UUUAGAAGGAGACGGGCCGAGCUUGGGGUGUGUGUUGGCUUGUGAGAUAUACUUGCGUGUAAUUGUGUCUGGAAUCAUCAGCUGGUCUCUCUCUCUCAGCUAUGAUGGAGAUCAGGCCGUUACUUAUGUGCUUUGCCCUCUGCGUGGUUUAUGCCACUAGUAAGCCGACCGAGAAAAAGGAACGCGUUCACCACGAUGCACCUCUCAGCAGCCGCGAACAUGACGACGCUCAGGGCUUUGAAUAUGAUCAUGAAGCUUUCCUCGGCCAGGAGGAGGCGAAGUCUUUUGAUGACCUCAGCCCAGAGGAGAGCAAGCGCAGGCUGGGUGUGAUUGUAGGCAAGAUUGACGGUGACAGUGAUGGUUUUGUCACUGAGGCAGAGCUCAAAGCUUGGAUCAAGAAGGCUCAGAAAAAGUACAUUUAUGAGAAUGUGGACCGCCAAUGGAAGGACUUUGAUGUGAACAAUGACGGGAUGAUCUCCUGGGAGGAAUACAAAAACGUCACCUAUGGUACCUAUCUAGAUGACCCAGAACCAGAUGAUGGCUACAACUACCAGCACAUGAUGGCACGGGAUGAGAGGCGUUUCAAAAUGGCUGACCAGAAUGGAGACCACAUUGCGAACAAGGAGGAGUUCACAGCUUUUCUACACCCAGAGGAGUAUGACCAUAUGAAAGACAUAGUGGUGCUGGAAACCAUGGAGGACAUUGAUAAGAAUGGUGAUGGUUUCAUUGACUUGAAUGAGUACAUCGGCGACAUGUACAACCAUGAGGAUGAGAUGGAGGAGCCUGACUGGGUUGCAACGGAGCGUGAGCAGUUCUCCGAGUUCCGGGACAAGAACAAAGACGGAAAGAUGGAUCGGGAGGAAACGAUGGAGUGGAUUCUUCCCUCAGACUAUGACCAUGCAGAGGCGGAGGCUAAACACCUGGUCUACGAAUCGGACUCCAAUAAGGACGGAAAGCUAAGCAAGGAAGAAAUCCUGAACAAGUACGACCUGUUUGUAGGAAGUCAAGCAACUGAUUUCGGCGAGGCGCUAGUACGGCAUGAUGAGUUUUAGAUGUUUUGUUUUUUCCCUUAGCAAUAUAGAACAGUUUUAAACAUGAUUUGAUAAAUGAUAUAAUUUAUUUUGUACGAAACUUAUUCAAACACUACAUUUUCUCUAAGUAGUCUGUGGAUGACCGCACACAGUCUUUUUUGGUCAUUUAUUGACUUCCCAUUCCCAACCCUCCUUAGUUUUUUUUUGUCACACACAUGUAUGCUAGAUUGGCUGAGUUUGCAUUUAUUUGAUAUACAAAGAUAUGCUCACCGCACUGAAUAUUAUGUUUGGAAUUGUAAUAAUUUAUAAUUGUUUUUUUUUCUUCUCACAAAUCUUCCAUACUGUGGAAAUUAUUUAGUGUUUUGUAAGUAAUGUUUUUGAUGAAGCCAACUUUAGUGAUAAUCUGUAAGUUUAUAGUAUAUAGGUAAAUGAGAUGACACACAAUGUUAGCCUCAUACUUAUUCUCUAACCCAGUGUGUGCCUUCUCAGUUUAAUUUUUUGGGAGCUCAGCCUAUGAAACUGACACCAAACAUAAUUUGGGACCAAAGGUUUAUGGGAAAAUAAGUCCACUACAGGUGAAUCACCCCUCACCAUGCUCUGUUUCUCAAGAAAUACUUAGGUUGACUCCUUUUUCCCCAGUAUUUGUCUAUCGUGAAAAGGGCUGCUAUGACAAUGUUCAGUCCUGCUUCUGUAAGCCCUUCUCUACAGUCAAUCCCUUCUUGAUAGUCUGCAUUGGCUUCCUCCCCUAUGUCUUCACUUUCAUCAUUGUACAGGGAAAGGAGACAUGGAAAUGAAACGUUUGUACAUUUUAGAAACAACACCAGUGUAAGGAAAUGCAACAGCUCAUGCUAAGAGCUGAUGUACUUCCUACCUAUGGGUCAUGUUGAAUUGAGAAGUUGGUGUGUUUCAGAGUUGUGACUGAAUAAACCUUGAUCAAAUUUAAUUCCGAUAAUGCAUUUUUAUCAGUAUUAUACAUUCUUGGCAAAUGGUCCAUUUCUGGAUUUUCACACUGAAUGUACGGACAUUUUUAUUUGAAUUUAAAUGCUGUACUUUAGAUUCCACAGCUGUUUCUCAAUAAAAGAAAUGACUAAACAUA